GACGCUGUCAACAUUUUUAUAUCGCUUCAAUUUGUUGUAUACUAUAGUCUCAUCUACUUUACGCUCGUCUCAUUUAUUUUGUCUUCGUAUUCCUUGAAUUAAAGCUUUCUAUAAACAUUUCUCGCCGCGAGUGAGUGUAGUGUGCCUCAGUUUUAACAAUAAACGAUGAACGCGUUUACUUGUAAAAGAUAGUAAAACGUCUAUACAUAUAAUUUUUCAUACAUCAUAAUCUUACAGCGUCUAACAUGUGAUUCCAAAUGUAAAUAAUUAAUUGAUAUUAUCGCACAAAAUGGACGUGAAAGCUUGUAAUCGUGGGUGUACAGUGAAGUGACGUCUUUUAGGUUCAUUGGUCUUAUAUUUAUGUGCAGUUAUCAGUGUUUUUUCAAGAGACUAAAACACUUUCCUUGGCCUGCCUUCAGCUUCAGGUUUAAAAAAAAUAACCGCAGCCAUCAUAGCCCCUGUGAUAUGCAGCCUAUCGUUCCUCCAUCGUACUAUCUACCAAAGCCAAACCUCUAGAUAUAUUUACCAAAGCUAGCGUAAGAUGUCGAAUCACAUGCCAAUCUAUAGUCAGGUAGUACCAAAAUCACAAUACCGAAAACCUAAGCCAGUGAACACCCGCGAGCGCCCCCAAAACCUCGCCCGGACCGACUUCGACCCCCUCAACUAUAACCACGGGGGUAACUUCCAACUCCUCAACGCCCCGCUGGAGGUGAAGAUGGAUAAGGAGAAGAAGGAGCGGAGGGGGGAGAGAGGGGAACGGGCCGAGAGGAGGAAGACGCAGAGAGCGGAGACGAAUGAUGGGAAGGUGGAGGCAUAUUUGAGGCAAAACCAAGUGAGCAUAAGGCAGCAGCAACACAGACACUCGGCGGUGAGGCAAGCCGAACACAGAGUCAAUUUGAGAUCUCUGCCGCUAAACGAGAACGCUAUAUCUCGCGAUCGCGGCCACGACAGGACACCAACCGAACGGCACCGAGGCUUCGAGCGAGAGCGGGACAGAGAACGGGAGAGGGAGCAUCGGCGCGAGAGAGACAAGGACAGGGACAGAGACAGGGAACGGGAUGAAGAUAGGGACUUGGAGUUUGACGGGACACCUCUAACCCCGCCGUCAUCCCGGCCUGUCCGCAAGUCCUCGUCAGCACACCGCGUAUCCGAGACUAUAUCCGCUGACAAAAGGAGGUUUUUCUGUCGGGAGUGGGCGUUCCAGAAAAUAGCACAUUGUUUGGAGCAAAGGCCGGCUAGCAAGGCCUGCGGCGCGCUUAUAUUAGGGGAUGCCGGCAGCGGUAAAACUGCGCUAUGUCAAGAACUGAGCGAUCCUGGCCAAGGUCCGCAGGCUCGCCAACAGAGGGCGCUGAACAGAAGACUGUUGGCCAGGCAUUUCUUACAAGGUCACAGCGAAAGCAGCCUUCGUCCGGGCGAGUUCAUCCGCUCCUUGGCUAUGCAGAUUUUGAGUCAAUCGUCGCGCCGACCCCGCGCUGAUACGAGCGAGAGAGAUGCUUCUCCAAGAGAUUGUGAUGGACGCAAUUCCGAAGAAGAGCGAUUGAUCAGCAAAUUCCAGGAGCUUGGCGACGAUGGCGAGGACAGUUCUAAACCUCUCCUGGCCGAUAGCGAAGACCAACGAACUGACGAGGAAGAUGGCGGCGGGCGGCGCGCGCGCACGAUCGAUCGUAUCCACGAGCGGGAAACAUAUACUGAUUCUAUGGCCGAUACCAACGCAGAAAACGUGCCAGAAAUCCUUCCACGCUCCAGCGUCAAAACCACCAACCCGUUCGCAACGGACGAAAAAGAGAACCCUCUAUACGAAAAUCACGAAAAUCUAUUCCUACGUAACAUUUCCCAACGUCAAUCCAAAGAAAUACGCAACUCUAGACUACUAAGACAAAGCUCAGAACCGCUCACCGAGAAAAAACCUAGCGCACUCCAAAAAAGUCUAUCCACAGAUCAAAAAACUGACAGCAACAGUGAAAACGAAAAAACCAACAGCCCUCCCAAAUCUAGGAUACCUGUUGCCAACUUUAAAUACCCUAACAAGAGCGAGCUUAAACCCAAUUCUGUUGAGAAUUCGCCGCAGAAGAAAGAAAAAGAGUUGCCUGAAUACCAGAAUGUUCUAGAACGAGAGAAGAAAGAGGAUGACCCGCCUCCGAUACCUUCUUUGCCCGUCAGUCCGAGGACGUUAAUAGCGGAUGCUUAUUAUGAUAAAUUAUUGUCUGAGCCAGAGAUACAGCAGGCGCUGUUACCUCAUAAUUUGGAAAAGAAUCCGGAUGAGUGCUUUAAGAAGGCGCUGUUGUUUCCGCUCUUGGAGAUAGACCCGCCGAAACAAUGUUUGUUUCUGCUGGUGGACGCUAUCGAUGAAGGACUUAAUGGUAACACGACGGAGUCCCGCACUGUUGCCGCCCUGCUCUCUCGCCACCAGCACCUGUUCCCGCAGUGGCUGCUGCUCGUCUGCUGCGCCAGAAGACAGAGCAAGAGUCUCACCAAGAUGUUCACAGGUUUCAGAAAGAUAACCCUGGAUGAGCUGCAGCGAGCUCACGUGUCCGCUGACGUUCAGAGAUACGUGCUGUCCAGAUUAGAUACGGAGCCUAGACUCAGAGCGCGCGUAUCGCACGACGCCACCGCCGCCGCGGCGGCCGCGGCGGCGCUAGAUCAUCUGCGGAUCAAGAGCGAUGGCUGCCUUCUGUACCUGGAAAAGGUGCUAGAUGGAGUGGCGGAUGGCUUCAUAGCGCUCCGCGAAAUCAAAGAGAUACCAGGAACGCUGAACGGUCUAUAUCUAUGGCUGGCGCAGCGACUCUUCCACGGGAGGCGAUUCACUAAGGUCCGUCUACUACUAGACGUGUUGUUGGCCGCCCGUUGCGGUGUCACUGAAGAAAUGCUGUACAAAUGUCUUCUCACUAAAGAGUACAGUGUCACAAGGGAGGAUUUCAAUAGACGCCUACAUUUACUGAGAAGGAUAUUGGUUAUGGAGCGUUCUACCGGCUACCUAUCUAUCUUCCACCACUCCUUCGCCGUGUGGCUGUUGGACGUCAAGCACUGCACGCGGCGUUACCUCUGCUGCCCCGCCGACGGUCAUGCCGCGCUUGCCAUGUAUUACACGCUAUUGGCUAAAAGAUUGAGCGCUCUGGAAAUACACAACUAUGUGUUCCAUAUGACUAGUUUGGAACAACAUAUGGCCGGACAGAAGAAAAAGACUAGCGACCAAGAGGAGGUGAUAGAUCUCCACACACUAGUGCUCUUAUGGGUACUGGAUUCGGGCUGCGACGUGGAGUCGGCAUUACGGCGAGAAAACGAUACUAUGCGACAACUAGAGUCUAUAGAGAAUCAGAAAAUGGAAAGUAAACCCGAAGAUAAAGAAGGCGACCCAGAAUCUGAAGGAAAAGAUUCAAUUUCUGACCCUUCGGCCCUAGAGUCUAUAAUGCCUGAGCUUAUAUCAGGCAACACCGACGCCAGAUGGCCCCACGACAGACGCGUACUUCGCGCGUUAUUAGAACUGAGCCGCUCUGAUUCCGCCCCAGGAGAGACUACCGAAGAAGUACCUGAUUUGCUGUCUCUGGACGCGCCUCUUGAAACAGAAGUGCUAGCGCCCGACGUUGAAUCCGAAGAGCCGGUCGUUAUAGAUCCGAACGCGGUCUUUGAGUUGGCGACCAGAGGCGAGGAUGACGCUCUCACGGCUUUGCUAAAGCGCCGCCCGGAGCUAGCGCUCGUGACGGACGCGACGGGCGGCACGGCGCUGCACGCGGCGGCGCGCGCCGGCCGCGCGGCUACCUGCUGUGUUCUGCUCCGCGCCGGCGCUAGACCUGACGCGCCCGACGCGGACGCUUGGAGCGCGCUUAGGGCUGCAGCCUGGGCGGGACACACUGAGGUGGUGGAAGUUCUACUUGAGUUUGGAUGUGACGUGGAUUGCGUCGACGCAGACAACAGGACAGCUUUGAGAGCGGCCGCGUGGUCGGGACAUGAAUGCGUCGUGUCCCGCUUACUAGCAGCGGGCGCUGAUCCGGAUAAAGCGGACGCGGAGGGCCGGACGCCGCUCAUCGCGGCCGCUUACAUGGGACACGCUGAUAUUGUUCGAGCGUUACUGGACGCCGGGGCGAGCGUCGACCAUGCUGACGAAGACGGACGCACCGCACUGUCAGUAGCGUCUCUCUGCGCCUCGGGAGCCGCUUGCGCGGCGCUACUCUUAGAGAGAGGCGCUGACGUCUCCCGCUGCGACCGGGACAGGGCCACUCCAUUAUUAGUGGCCGCGUUUGAGGGACACACUGAAAUAUGCGAGCUCCUUCUAGAGCACGAGGCAGAUAUCGAGGCGCAUGACGUGUUAGGACGCACGGCGCUGUGGGCGGCCGCGUCCGCCGGACACGCGCGCGCCACGAGGCUGCUGCUGUUCUGGGGCGCCUGCGUCGACUCCAUGGACAGGGAGGGACGGACUGUGCUCACUACGGCCGCGGCUCAAGGAAACGUCGAAGUGGUUCGGCAGCUUCUUGACCGAGGCUUAGAUGAACAUCACAGGGACAACUCCGGGUGGACGCCGCUACAUUACGCCGCAUUCGAAGGUCACAUUGAAGUAUGCGAAGCUUUACUAGAAGCGGGUGCAAAAGUGGACGAAGCGGACAACGACGGGAAGGGAGCCCUAAUGCUGGCAGCUCAGGAGGGACACACGGGAUUGGUCGAAGUGCUGGUCGACGAUUGGUCCGCGCCGGUCGACCAGAGAGCUCAUGACGGCAAGACCGCGCUCAGAUUGGCGGCCCUAGAAGGCCACUUCGACACAGUACGAGCGUUAUACCAACGCGGCGCCGAUGCGGACGCGUUAGACGCCGACCGACGAAGCGCGUUAUACGUUCUGGCCUUAGACAACCGUCUAGCUAUGGCUAGAUUUCUGCUAACAGAGUGCGGGGCGCGAGCGGACACUACGGAUCUUGAGGGUCGGACACCUUUGCACGUGUCCGCGUGGCAGGGGCACGUCGAUAUGGUGAACCUACUCAUAAAAGUCGGCGGCGCUGACGUAGAUGGACGUGAUAGAUGUGGAAGAACAGCGCUGCACGCGGCGGCGUGGCGCGGCCGCGGCGCCGUGCUGGCGGCGCUGCUUGCUCACGGCGCUGACACGGCCGCUGUUUGCACGCAGGGCGCCACUCCGCUAGGUAUCGCGGCUCAGGAGGGCCACGAGGAAUGCGUUUUGUGGCUGCUGCAGCACGGAGCGGACCCACUGCAGGCCGACCAUUGCGGGCGCACGCCGGCCACGGUGGCGUGGCGCGCGGGGCACGCGCACAUCAGCCGCCUGCUCGAGCGCGCUGCGCCUGCGCUGGUGCCCGAGCACAACACCAAAGAUUCUCCGGAGUACAAGCGUCGCAGCACGCACAGCAACUCGACUAAAUCGUCCGCCGGCUCCACGAGAGACCACGAGCCGCCUCCCGAUCUCACACAUCAUGAGAAGCCGAAUCGAGCGAAUCUAUCGCUCUCUUUCGCGCAACAGGUCGCGCGUUGCGGCCGCAGCAGGCGUGAGAAAGAGAGGGAAAGCGUGAUACCCGAACAUCAUGCGGUCGAAAAGGAUUCCAAACUUAGGAGUUACGCAGCCAACGAAAGAGACGCCGACCUACGCGGGUACGCGUGCGAGCGAGACAGACGACGCGACGAGCGCCACGGCUACCAGUGCGACAGAGACAACAUGAGUCCGCUCUACGCCUCUCCCCCACGGAGCCCUAUCAGCGACAUUUGUAGCCCCACACAACCCACACAUGGCUCUCAACCUCCAAGUCUGACAGCUCAGCCGGUAUUGACUGACACACACUUCAACCGCGACACGCAUAUGCGUAUCAUACUGGGACGAGACACGAAACCGCCGCAAGAGCGAGAGAGUGGAGGAGCUUCGAAGAGUCGUCAGGCGUACAACAGGCUUGUAGGCAGUCUGGGGCGAGCGAGAGGGCGAAUAUUUAAGAAAACCAAGGGAAAGAGAAAUGGCAUCGUGACAAAUCCGGCAAUGCGACUUGUCGCGAAUGUCAGAAACGGCCUCGACAGUGCCGCCGCCAAUAUCCGACGCACGGGGGUAGCCCUAGCAGCGAGCGCCAGUUCUGCCAACCCUGCUGUCAAAACCAACGCCUUCCAGUGGAGGAAGGAGACGCCGCUAUAAACUAGAGCGAGACGAUAGGACGGAACAGAAAAUUAUGUUAGACAAAGAUCCUCGUAAGACCCACCAUAUGUGGCAUUAUCUAUGAAAAGGGACCUCAUUGUCGAUGGCGCUUACGCCGCACAGCGUCGCGCGGCAUUGUAUUUAUAUCGGAGCAUCGUUAAUAAUGGCGUAGGCGCCAUCAACAAUAAGGUCCCUUUUCAUAGAUAAUGCCCCAUAUAAAGUUUCCGAAUUUUUAAUUUGAACCUUAUUGAAUAAGUAAAUAAGAAUGAAUUUAGUUUGUUUUAAAAAGCAAUGAAACAAAAGGAAUGCUACUUUAUUUGGUUCAUGAAAUCUUCAAAUUAGUUUGCACGAUUAUGUACAUUUGUGACAUCCCACGGGUGAAGGUACCUUAUGGCGGUCGGCGCUUACGCUAUUAUUAACGCCGCUCCAAUAUUAUUGCGGCGCUAUGCGACGUGAGCGCCCGCCGCCAUAAGGUACCUUUUUUCGUGGAACGUCACAUUUAGUCUUAGGAGGCUAUAGGGCCUCAAUUUAGCCGAAUAUUUCGUGUAAAAAAACGUUAGCGUCGGACAAGGACAGAUUAUUUUUCAAGUAAAUCUGUAACGAUUUGAUAUUUAAUUUCAUUUAAUUUCAAGCAAUGUACUAAAUGGCCUAAUAUUUUCUAGGUUAUAAUUAGGGCAAAUUAAAUAAUAUCAAACGUUGGGCAAAAUUUCAUCAUUUGUCAAGGGGGAGAGUGAAAUGUACGUCUUACCACGAGUAUGACACUGACAUAUUCGCUAGCGUGUGCGUAACUCACUUUCUAUGCGCUCGUAGUGGCAUAUUAGUGCGAGCGAGAUGUAUAGAAAGUAAGUUGCGAUAAACGUAAGCGAAUAUGUCUGCGUCUCGUGGUAAGGCUACUUGUAUCUGUACGACUACAAACAGAAGAGCGAGAGAGCAAAUGAAAUAAUGUAUCGGUAUUAUAAAUCAAAGAAAUUAACGACAAAAUGAUGUAAUAUCUGUUUUGUAUUAAUGAUUUUCAUAAUUAUGUCGGUCUAAAGAAAUUAUAAUAUACAUAUGUAGUCCAUAAUUAUUUUUCCAUCGUAUUUUCCAAUUUUAUUCGUAUUUUCUGGCUCGCACCAAUGAGUUUUUCGGAACUUAUGUACGAAAUAUCAUUUGAUAUUUACCACUAGCUUUUCGGUGAAGGAAAAACAUCGUGAGGAAACCUGCAUACAUCUGUGAAGAAAUUCAAAGGUGUAUGUGAAGUCCCCAAUCCGCAUUGGGCUAGCGUGGGGACUAUAGCCCAAACCCUCUAGUGCUUGAGAGGAGGCCUGUGCCCAGCAGUGGGACGUAGGCUAAAUUAUUAUUAUUAUAUUAUUAUCGUAUUUUCACGGAAACGUACGAACGUGUCUUGACAUUUCAGUCGGUCUCGGUACAAAAAGUACUGAGAUUGACUGAAGUAGCAUGACAAAUACGAACGCUUCCGAGAAAAUACGAUGGAAAACAAUUAUGCACUACAUCCUGUACUAAACUAUGAUCCUAAGGACCUCGCAAAUAAGUCUCAUUACAUUUAGACUAUGAUAUUAACAAUUAUUAUUUAUAAGUUGUGUAAAUAUGAUUUAAUUGUUUAAGUGAAAGAACCUGAGAUAUUGUGUAAUUUUAUGAGUUUUGAUAUUUUUAUAUACGUAAUAUUCUGAUUUUUUGGUGUAUUAUAAUUUGUCUAUGUGAGCCAAUUUAAAAGUAAAAACUUCGAGCAUUAUGAAUCAACAAUGUAUUUUCCUGCUCUCCGGCCGGAAAGCGUCAACUUUCGACCCGCUAACGGAAGUUGCUACUUUCCGGCUCCGUUGAACAGAAAAAUAAUAUACACAACUCGGCCAGUAAAUAAGAAAGCCUCAGAUCACAUGUUUGUCGACCUCGUCUUCGCCGCGGCCGUCAAUUACUCGUACAUGUGAUCUGAGGGUCUACCGCGAACUACGUUCGACGUGUUGCCUCUCUGUCGCACUUAUAAAUGCGUACGUAAGCGUGACAGGGAGGCAACACUUCGAACGUGGUUCGCGGUAGGUCCUCUUGGCCAUUUCUUACUUAACUGCCCUAGUAUGUAAUAUACUAUUUCAACUUAGAUAUUUAUCCUAAGAUCCAGCCAUACAACUGAAAAGUCCAAAGUUUGUCACUGAAAUUUGAACCUAUAAUGCAGGGAUUAGAGUUGAUUUUGUUUUGUUUGAAAAUUGCAACUCUAUUCCAAUUUUAAUAUGGUUCAAAUUUCAUCGAAAUAAUUAAGUACUAUAGGUAGGACGUUGGGCCUUAGGAUGUUAUAACUAUAAAAGCAUUUUAUAACAAAAAACGCAAGCUAUUAAUUAUUCAAAUUUCGACCUUAUUUAUUGACGUGUAAGGUCUAUAAUGAAACAAAAUAAUGACGUUUACGCAUUCGUCCAUACGAAAACGAUAGUCGUCGUAGUUACAUUAAAAAUAUAGUUAAAGGAGUAUUUGUUGUUAGAAAUCGGCACUUUAAAGAAAUUGACAAAAUGGUUCCUCGUUAUUGUACAAUGGUUAUC